AAAUUGGGUUUUGCAAACGGUUUCAGGAAUUCCUCAUAUUGGAUAGUAUUGCACCGGAUAUCCGAAACGUUUCCUCGGGAAAAUGGCAACGGUGGCAGAAAGCGGCGGCGGAAGUCUAUCGGAACUGUACUCCAGCUCGAAGCGGCUGUUGCUGAAGACCAGAGAAUCAUUAGAGAGGAUUGAGCGUCUCGAGUACACGUCAUCCUCUUCAUUCUCAUCAUCAAGCACCGUCGUUCCUGGGACUUCAGAUGAUCAAGCCGCUGUAAUCCGAAGAGACAUUAACCAGAUCCAAUCCCUCUGCGUCGACAUGGAUCGUCUCUGGCGUUCCAUCGCCGACAAGUCUCAGCGCGAUCUCUGGAAAAGAAAAGUGGAGCAAGUGGUCGAGGAGGCUGAGUCAUUUAGAACUAGUCUUGACAAGUACAUAUCACGGCAUCAGAAGCGGAUGCAAGAAGUCCAAGAGAGAGCAGAAUUACUUGGUAGAGCUAAUGGGCAAUCCUCUCAUAUCUUGAGAAUUUUUGAUGAGGAAGCACAAGCAGUACAGUCAGUCCGUAACUCCUCUAGAAUGCUAGAAGAAGCUUAUGCGACUGGCGUAGCAGUUCUUUCAAAGUAUAGCGAGCAAAGGGAUCACUUGAAGAGAGCUCAAAGGAAAGCACUGGAUGUUUUGAACACUUUGGGGCUAUCAAGCACUCUGUUGAGGCUUAUUGAGAGGCGGAAUCGUGUUGACAAAUGGAUCAAGUAUGUAGGCAUGGUUUUUACUAUCAUCAUCGUUAUUGUGUUUUGGAGGUGGACGAGGUGAUUCCGGCUUCUUUAUGUAUCGAAUCAUUACUACACAUUCUUUUCAAGGAAGAUAAUGUUGCUAGAUGUUGAAGAAACUGAAAAAUAUGGUCAACCGUUGAUUUAGACUUGGUUCCGAUGUAUUCUAGUAAGGACUAGUUUUGAGAUUGUGUUUUACUUUGUAAAAUGUGGAGAAAAGUUGAGAAUUAUUACUGAAAUAACAAUUUUCCCUCCGUCUCUGUGAAAGCCAAAACUUGUGCUACAUUAUUCUAAACAAUUUGAGGUCAACAUUUGCUCA